AUGAAAGGAUGUCACCCACAGGGAAAACGGAACGGGGCGGAGAAACAAAUUACGUCAACGAAACAAGCGAAACCAACAACUCCCGCCCCAUCUCCUCCCAAGCAACAUUCACCAAACCAGCAAAAUGUCAAUCGACCAAGGCAACCAGUGCCCGAGCCUCGCAGAGAGUUGAGACUGCAAACCGAUAUGGCGAUACAACGUUUGGGCGAAAGUGAGAAAGACCACCCACCAACUCACGAAGAGCUGUUCCUGUUCUUCCAGGAGAUGAACAAGUGGGAAUGUUUGGAUGAGCACCUUGUCGCCAUGCAGGAGAUUCAGGCCGAAUCAGUUGGUAUGGCGGAAGAUGAUGAGGACACAGAUGCUUCGGCUUCCUGGGUUGUCCAAUGGCAUUGCCAACUGCUUGUGCCAUACAAUUGGGUGCAUGGUGCACGCUGUGCACGAGAGGCAUGUGGACGACGACGGUAACAAGGAACAAAGGAUCAGUGCAAAGCUUGACCAGCUGCAAAAGAACCUCGGUGCCAUGCAGUACGAUCUGUACGUACAAUCGCUGGGGGGGGGGGUGACAAAUGCACUGCAUGCGUCCAAUUACACAAGACCUACAAUGCAUGAGUACAUUAAUUAGCAACUAGAAAUACAUCUCACAGUGUUAAACACUAUAAUUUUAUUGUUUAAUAUGUUAUCAAAAUCAAAAAAGCCUCCAAAAUCAUCACUUAUAAUUAUGUUACUAUGUGUAACAUGACACAAAAUACUUAUUUGCUGGAUGUGAUUACCUGCUAAAGCAAUGAAGAAAGCCAUUUUAAAUACUUCGAUAUGAAAAUAUUUACAUUUUAUUUAUAUUUUAUUGACAACAUCAGGCUUGCACAAUUGGUUGAUAAUAAAGUUACGACUCGAGUAAACAACAUUGCUGGACGUCUGUCCCAAUUCAAAUGUCCAUUUCACAGCGACAAUUAUUUGCAAGACUAUAGCGACCGCACAGCAGGAACUUUCUCGCAAAUGCGAUGAGAAUAUAGAAUGUGGGCAUCUAGCUGAUGCGAUGACAUACUUAGCAUCAACGUCAGACACAUAUUAUGCUCUUCAGGAGAGAACUGAAGAUGCAAUUAACACAUAUAAAUUGAUCAAAAAUCAAGUCCAUACCAACGUGGAACCACAGUCGGACGAACCAGUGGAACAUGCACAUACACAAGACAACCUCCACUACAAAUGCGAACCAGUCAAAGUUGUCAUCACCAUUGUGUUCAAUACCACCAUCAUUUCAACCACCGAGGAAAUCAUUUGCAACAACACGUAA